GAUCAGAAAAACUGAUCUUAUUUGAGAACUGUUAUUUGUUAUGUUCUUGUGUGACGUGUUCAAAUUUAACUGGAAACAAAAUUUUGGUCGUCGAGAGAUUAAUCUUGUUUCAUCUUCUUCGGGUUAUUUUGUUCUCUCCCAAACGGCGAAACGGGCGAUUUCAAUUUCUUCUCUUUGAUAUUAUGCCGAUCUCAUCUCCUCUGUCUCCUCGUCUAAGCCCACUGUCUCCGCCAAAAAGUCAUCACUUGCUCUCUUGAUUCGAGUUCCCUCUUUCAUGGGUUUUGCUUUCAGUUCUGUUUAUUAAAGUCUUUGCAAUCAAGAUCGUUGUCUCUCCCCCAAAAGGUGUUGUCUUUGUUUGCUAUUUGGAGGAACAACUAGGGUUCUUCUACAGUGGAUGGUGAAAUUGAGUCUCGUUGAGCCGUUGAAGUUGUUGUCUUUGUUAUGGAUGAUGAAUUAGGGAUUUAGAUUCUGAGCUGUUGUUGUUUGUUGUUGAUACUUCUUCUCUAUCAUGGGUUGUAUAAUCUCUAAGAGGAAGUCUCCAAAGAAGAAUCCACCAUGGAAAGAACCAUUAGAGAAACGUUCUUCGAGGAUCACUUCAUCUAGGAUUGAUGAUUCUAGCCAGACUAAAGAGGAACAAGAUCGGUUGAAUAAAGUUAUGUUGAUUGAAUCUGACAAGUUUAGUUCAAGUAGGUUUUCUGAGAAACAACAUCUGGAGAUUUCUGAGAUUGGUGAUACUGAUGCAGAUGAAGAUGAUGUUCAUCCUCCUACUGAGGAAUUGAAGAGAGAGCCUAGUGUUUUGAUUCGUCCCUGUGUUGAAACCGUUUCAAAGGAGGCUGAAUUGGCUGCAGGAUGGCCAGCUUGGUUAGUCUCAGUUGCUGGUGAGGCACUUGUGAAUUGGACUCCACGACGUGCAAGUACCUUUGAGAAACUGGAGAAAAUUGGACAAGGUACAUAUAGCAGUGUAUACAAGGCUCGUGAUCUUCUUAAUAACAAGAUUGUUGCGCUUAAAAGAGUUCGGUUUGAUCUUAGCGAUUUAGAGAGUGUUAAGUUUAUGGCCAGAGAGAUCAUUGUUAUGCGAAGGCUUGAUCAUGAUCUCGUCGGACUUGCUUCCAUACCCGGUAUCAAGUUUUCAGAGCCUCAGGUUACUACUCCUUUACUAUGCUUUGCGUACUCUUAUUCUCAGUAUAUCAACUUUUGUAGACGUCAAAACAAACUUGGUUCUUCUGCUGCCUACGUCAAAUGUUAUAUGCAACAACUUCUAAAAAAUUAAAUCUUAUGAUCUUAAACA